UUUUUGUUAUAAAAGCGUACCUAACUGUUUAAAGUUUAAACUAUGGGUUCCAUCAACACAGAUUUAGUCAUUUCCAAAUACAAAAAUUAUCUUUCCUAAAUUUGUAGCAAAAUCAUCUUGCAUAGUAUUUAAAAUACAAAAUUGGAUUUUUAAUAUAUUUUUCUAGCUAUUAGGCCCAUAAUUGGGCCAUAACACUCAUACUAUAAACAUUUCAAUGCUGUUCCUUCCACAGAAUCUUGGACAUCAUUUAAUACCUUUUGAAUAGGAAUCAGUAUAGAUGUUGUUUGAACAAGUUGACGUCUUUACAUAUAUAGUCUUACGUCUCACAGAAUUAAAAUGCUGCAAAAAAGGGGCUAAAUGUAGGCAAUAUUAUAUACGGACACAAACAAUUUUUUCUUGCGAAGAUCCAUUCAUCAUAAUUGCGUUGAGAUUUCUAAGGAAGUACUACGAUUUAAAUAUUACCAUGAAUUUGGAGGAGUAUGAAUUUAAAGACAGAACAAAAGUGAAACGGCAUCGAAAGCCAAUUAAUAGAACGACCAAACGAACCAUAACCUUUGAUGAAAAAUCUAGAUCGGAGUUUUUGACAGGAUUUCAUAAAAGAAAGCUUGCACGAAAAAAGAAAGCUAGAGAAGAUUUUGAAAAAAAGUUAAAAGAAGAGAAGAAAAGAAUCAAAGCUGAGGCAAGAGAAACUUUCAAAAAGUUGACUAAUUCUCAUCCAUUUGUCCCAGAACCUCUUGAUUUGGUUACUCAAGAAUACAGUUUAGAAAAUCAUACUGUACAAAUAUGUGAUUUAUCAACUGAUGAGAUUGCAAAAAGUAACAAUUGGAUUGGAUCAAAUCAGGUCAUUUAUGAGGAUGAUAAAAAAAGUGAUGAUGAUGAAGAAGUUGAUAGUGAAAAUAACGAUGACACCGAAGAUGUACCUGGCAUGAGUUUUAAUUCAUUAAAAGAAAUAAAAAAAGCAAUUAAGAAACAAGCAUCUGAAACUGUACAAAACAGCAAAGUAUUCAAGAUGAAAAAUAAAAUUGAACGUAUUAAAGAUAAAAAGAAAGCGAAAAGGAAAAAACUUUUAGAAUCAAAAAGGAAAAAAUGGUUGAAAAAAAAAGGAAAAAAAGUUAAAUAAUAGAUAUCAAAACUUAUACUAAUGCAAUAACUUUUUAUGUAUAAUAUUAUAAUAUUUAUAUUAAAAUAAUUAAUGUAAAAUUUAACUGGAAAUAUUAAACUUGUUUUCUACCUUUUGAUUCAACUUAAUUUGUAAACAUCAAAAAAUAUAUUUUGAUUAUUGUUGUGCACAGUGUAGUAGCACACAGUAUAAGUCAGCUUUAUUUUUAUAUUUUUAUUUAUUUAUUUUUUUUAAUAAAAGAAAAACAGCCUCGGUGAUUAUGGCCACUAGACAAAUACUAUUUACAAAUUUAAGUUAAGUGUAUUUUGUACAUGUUAUUGAGUAUUCAAUUAAUUUAUAUUUUAUUAGAUAAUGAUGUGAAUUGCAUAUAUUUUUAUUAAGAAUUUUAAUAUGUUGACACAUUGAGUAUUAAAUGUGAUUGAUUGGGUAUCAAAA